AUGAAGCGUGAGAUGAGGCCUGAGAUAUCUCUCCUCGCAGGCGCCUUUGCCGGUGUUGUAGAAGCCAGUAUUACGUACCCUUUUGAAUUCGCCAAAACGCGCUCCCAGCUUGGUGUCACCGGUACCAUUCAAGUUUCCACAUCCAGAAACCCAUUGACCCUCGUGAGGCAAACGAUUCAAGAGACUGGUUUCCAAUCUGUAUACCAGGGCUGCUCAACCCUAGUGCUGGGUACUGCAUUCAAGGCCGGCGUCCGCUUUCUAUCGUUCGAUUCCAUUAGGGGCCUACUGUCCGAUUCGAAUGGCAGGCUAUCUCCAGUACAAGGCGUACUUGCUGGGGUCGUGGCGGGGACGGUUGAAAGCGUUGUGGCGGUAACUCCCACUGAACGUAUCAAGACAGCCCUCAUCGACGACGCAAGGUCUCUCAAACGCUUCAAGAGCGGCAUGCACGCGCUGAGCACGGUCGUUUCAGAAACCGGAGUUGCAGGUCUCUACCGUGGGCUUGUUUCUACCACACUCAAGCAAGUUGCUACAUCUGCGGUCCGGAUGGGGACUUAUAAUUCUUUAAAAGAGUUGAUACCAAGCAGCACUCACGAUGCCCCGGGCACACACGGUCCCAUUGUCACUUUUGGUCUCGGAGCAGGAGCCGGUGUCAUUACCGUAUACGCUACCCAGCCCUUUGACACAAUUAAAACCCGGGCCCAGGCUGCCCAGGGGUUAACUACAUUGGAGGCGACGCGGGCAAUAUUGAGAGAUGGAGGGCUUCCGGGAUUUUGGAGGGGAAGUUCAAUGAGACUUGGGCGGUUGAUUCUCAGUGGUGGCAUAGUGUUCACAACGUAUGAGAGUAUUGUAUCGCUGUUUGAGAAAGCUUAG